UCCAAUUUGCUGUUCUACUUCCGCUUUUGUUUAUUUUCCAGGAAGAUGAAAAUUCGUUGAUAUUUUGACCAAAUAAACAGUCAAUAAUGUCACGGGGAAUGAUUCCAAGUCAGCAGAAGCUGGCUGAAAGGCUUACAAUCCUCAACGAUCGUGGCACCGGCAUUUUAACACGCACAUAUAACAUCAAAAGGAUGCUUGGCAACCCUGAACUCAAACCCAGUUUCCUCACAGACAAGUCUUUGGAGAACUGCAUUCGACCAAUUGUGAAAAAGUUCCCCAAUCUGGAUUCAAAAGCGAAAGAACUGCAGUCUGUGAAUGUUAUGAAGUCAGAGAUCUGUAAAUCUCUGGCCUUGUAUUAUGACACGUUUGUCGAUAUUCUCAUAUUCAAGGAUCAUGUCACCAACCUGUUGACCACAUUUGAUGCCUGUCAGGUCUAUUUAGAUAUUACGCUGUGUUAUGACCUGACCAAAGGCUACCUUGACCUGAUGGUGACCUAUUUCUCAAUUAUGUUACUUAUCUUCCGCAUCGACGAUCGCAAGGCUGUCCUUGGCUUAUACAAUCAUGCACAUGAGCUGCAAUUUUCAAAAGGAGCUGAGAACUACCCUCGUCUUGGUCAGAUGGUGUUGGAUUAUGACCCACCUUGGAAGAAAAUGUGUGAGGAGUUUGUACCUCACAGCAAGCUUGUGAACCAAGCUCUCCUGUCAUUAGCCCCUGUCUACCAACGACGAAACCAGCCUGCAGUUGACAUGAGGGGCACUCAAGUUCUCAGUCUCAUUGCUGAACCAAAUAAAAUCAUGAGUUAUGUUCCGUAUGAUGCGAUGCCAUGCGAAUACAUUUCUGUGGAGGUUCUUGAAAGGUGGAUUAUAAUGGGCUAUGUCCUCUGCCAUCAACAGUUAAUGCCAUUGCCUGCUGCACAAGAGCUGUGGAAGGCGGCGCUGACAUCUUGCUACGUCAUCGACUUGUGCAGGGAUGAGGUGCUAGCCAUACAUCCAUUCAUCAGCCAGGUCUUCGAGGGCAUUAAAGGGUAUACCAAGAAGACUAAUGAAGUUAAGGAACUGCAUCAGACAGCUAUACAAACUGCACCAACCAUGCAUAAGGAUCGUAGAAAAUUCUUGCGAACAGCACUGAAAGAACUCGCACUACUCUUCACCGAUCAACCAGGAUUACUUGGGCCAAAAGCUCGCUACAUUUUCGUGGCGCUUACCAUGGCACGAGAUGAGAUUAAAUGGCUGUUACGUCAUGCAGCGAACCCACCGGUUAGGAAAGGAAUGAGAGUACCAGUUGAGGAGUUUGUGGACAGACAGCUGCCGGAGUUGUUGUUUCAUGUUGAGGAGUUGAGGGCUCUGGUCAAGAAGUACAACCAGGUUCUGCAGCGGUAUUACAUUCAGAUGAUGUCUGGGUAUGAUGCGCCCUUGCUGAAUGAGCUCAUGCAGACAAUGACGGCAUUACCGGAAGACGAGUCCGUCAUCAUGUCAUCAUUCUGUAGUACCAUGCAGGCAUUGUCAGUCAAACAAGUCGAGGAAAAUGAGCUGUUUGAUUUCCGUGGAAUACGCCUGGACUGGUUCCGUCUUCAGGCCUAUACAAGCAUCAGCAAGGCGGCAUUUAAUCUUCACAAUCAUCACAAAAUAGCGCACCAUCUCAACAGCGUCACUUUCCAUACAAAGAUGGUUGACUCGUUGGACGAGAUGCUCUUGGAGACAUCUGAUCUUUCACUCUACUGUUUCUACACCACCUUAUUUGAGCAGCAGUUCAAACACUGCAUGGAGUUCCCUGCCCAGCAUCGCUACAGCAUAGCCUUCCCAAUGAUCUGUGCACACUUCAUGAACGCGACACAUGAGCUCUGUCCUGAAGAGCGCAACUCGAUUGGUACGACAAGUGUCCAGUAUGCUCAUUGGUUCAUCAAGGAGAUGUCCGAGGAAGUCAACCAGGUCAUUGUCGCCGUGUGCGACGAACAGAGGAUUAUGACAGACAAAUUGCUGCCGAAGAAUUGUGCUGCGCAGACCGCACAAGCGAUGAGCCAAAAGAAAGCCAAAAGCCAGGGGAAAAAGACGCAAGAACCUGAUAAGCCAGGCCAGGAGAGCUAUAGAAAGCACAGAGAAGACUUCAAAAGGAUUGACAAACUGCACAUGGCUCUAACCGAACUUUGCUAUGCAUUGAACUACUGCAGUGUCAUAACUGUCUGGGAGCAUGGCUUUGUACCCAGGGAAUUCUUCACACAACAACUUGAAGUGAGAUUUAACAAGACACUGGUUGGCAUCAUGAUGUAUAACCCAGAGACAUGUGAAAUAGCCAAACCAUCGGAACUCCUGAGUAAUGUGCAGGCAAUGAUGAGUGUGCUACAGAGUCUGGAAAACUACAUCCAUAUUGAUGUUACUCGAGUCUUCAAUAAUGUGUUGUUACAACAGACUCAGCCCACCGACAGCUUUGCUGGAGACAGAACCAUAACUUCCAACUACACUGACUGGUACCUUGAAGUUCUCCUCCGUCGAGUUAGCUCAGGCCAUAUUGUGUAUUCUCCCAGUCAGAAAGCUUUUGUCAACUUAGGCGGCGAGGGAGCUCUCCCAUUCACAGCAGAGGAAUAUGCUGACAUCAUGGAACUGCGUGCCCUAGCUGAGUUGAUUGGUCCAUAUGGAAUGAGAUACCUGAGCCAGAGGCUGAUGUGGCACAUCUCCAGUCAGGUGGACGAACUCAAGAAAAUGGUUGUGGCCAACAAAGACAUCUUAUCAAGCUUGAGAAGCAGCUACGAUAAGCCAGAGCAGAUGAAGGACUUGUUCAGGAGGCUGGGAAAUCGCAAUAAUAAGAAACCUGAUGUUGACAGUGUGCUGCAGAGGAUGACUAUAGUUGGUGUGCUACUGUGUUUCCGCGCACUCGCACAAGAAGCUUUGAAUGAUGUCCUUGAGAACAGGAUUCCAUUCCUGCUGAGUUCCAUUCGUGAUUUCCAGCAACAUGUUCCAGCGGGUCAAGAUUCAAUGAAACCAGACAAGGCAACAAAGAUUGUGAAUGAGAUGGCAUCUGCAGCCGGCAUGCCCUGCAACAUCGAUCCCCAACUUUGUGCUGCUCUCAGGUCACAGAAAACAGCCACAAACCCACCACCCCAAGCAUCAGGAGACAAAAGGACUAGUAAGACCCCUCAGCUAGAUCACUCGGGUCGUCGUCGAUCCUCGAUUAUUGGAUGGCCUGUCGCCGAGCUUGGGGAGGAUGAGUACAACGUUGCCUGCUUGAUGAUGGUCUUUGUAGCUGUGGCCUUACCAAAGUUAGCCAUGAGUCCAGAGUCAGUAUACAAGGCUGCACUUGAAGGUCAUGCGAACAAUAUCCACUGCCUGGCAAAGGCCAUCAAUAGUUUGGCUGCAGCUUUGUUCACUAUCCACCAGGGGGAUGUGGAGGAAAGACUCAAGGAAUUCUUGGCGCUUGCGUCAUCAAGUCUGCUCCGCCUUGGACAAGAAACAGACAAGGAGCUCAUCAAAAAUAGGGAAUCGGUCUACUUACUUCUCGAUCAGCUUGUGCAAGAGUCGCCAUGGUUGACGAUGGACCUACUGGAGUCAUGCUUCCCCUACUGUCUCCUGAGGAACUCCUAUCAUGCUGUUUACAGACAGGCGGAAGGAGCUUACUAAACGACCAAACGAUGAGAUAUUUGAUAUCAGAAAGCCAUCACUUUAGAACUUUCUGAGGUUAAAUCAAAGACAUUCUUUACUAGAUUUAAAAUGUAUUGCAAAGACACUCAGUCCUUUUGUUUGUAUACAUAUGUGCAAUAUUGAAUUUCUUUACCUACCAGAAAAUAUGGCAACAAUUUACCAAAAUUGUUGCCCCAAACUAUUCAGUUAUGUGAAAAAAAGUGAUGAAUUCUUGGCAACUGUUGCAUGUAGAAGCUGGUGCUGUCAUCUAUUUCAGUAACUUUAAUAACGUGUAUGAUUGUAUUGCAUGAGAAAGUAUUGUUACAGAUGUUGAAUGAAAAUGAAAAUCCUUCAUAUUGGCCUUGCCUGUAUUGUCCGUUGAAAAGUGCUGAUAUAUUUGUAAGAGAUAUUAAAAGAAAAACAGCAUUAUAAUAAUGAUGCUUGUGACACAACCAUUGAAAGAUGAAUUACUGAAAGCCUCACAAUUUUUGCAAGAUGGGAUGUAACCGUGAAAUCUAGGGGCGUGAAAAUGUUUAACUUCAUGGUUUUUGUCAUUGGAAAAUGCACCCAUUUGGCAUGUUUGGGAAAAUAAAUUGGCACAAAUUUGAAAUUGCAGCACCAUGGCCUGAGGACCAUGGUAGAAAUCUUUCCUAACUUAUUAAGAUAACUACACUGUAUAUAGCUAUUCCCUUCGUAAUUAUGACAUUUGUAUAAAGAACUUUGUAUGUGUAUGAUGUAGUUUGUAAGUUUAUACUCGAGAAUGUAGUUUCAAUAGACUUGUCAACAGUUGACAUUCUGUGUCAGCACUAUUUAGUCGGUGUACAUGGUAGGGGUGCGUGUACAAAAAGCCAAUCUUAUGAGUAAUAGGCCUAUGAAACAGACGCACCCUAAUUGGCUAAGUAAUGUCUACACAGUAGGUAAAUAGCAUCAAAAAUUAAACAGUAGCCAUAUUUUACCUUUAAAGUUCAUUUGUGGAAUAACUCCUGUACUUAUGUUGCAUCUUAUGAUCAAGAUUUAGUUUGAUAAUCUCGUGAACUGUAGAGAUUUCACUUGGUCAAAGUCCUUGAGAAUUAAAAACAAUUAACUUAUGAAAUGCUGUGAAUUGUGUAAAAGAUUCUCCCAUUCCUAGAUAUUCUCUGUAUAUUUCAAUAUUUGAUGCCUCAAAAUACAAUGCAGAUUCUGUGUACUUAUACUUCUAGUUGAUGCUACUAGUAAUAUUUACUGGGAAAUAUAAAUAAAAAUCAUGAUAAUGA